GUCAACAUUCCAUCCUUUCAUCUGACAUUCUUCCCAGCGGCCCUUCCGAACGACCAGACCAGCAAUACGACAACGAAAGGCCUUCCAAUGCAUUUGAUUCAUGCCUGUUAUAUAAUACACAAUUAAUUCUCCUCCGUCUAAUUCUCCCUACUUAAGCACGUCUCCAACCGCAGGCAACUCCCAUAUCUCGCGACUAACGCCCGCCAUGGCGGCCUCCAACGAUCCCGUCAACUUCGAUAUCAUUGAGACACAGAAAGAAAAUAUUCAAUCCUUACCGGGUGGGCGAUCUGCUAAAGAACUGGCUCGUAUUUUCUCUCCAGGAGGCAAGGGCGAUCUAUUGCCCACACCCUCACCGAACGAAACCAAGACUGUGAACGACGCUAUUCGACAGGAAUAUGAAACAGAACUACAGGCUAUAGGAGAGUCGGAUGAUCCGCUCGAUAUUUAUGAUCGCUAUGUCAAGUGGACUCUCAAUGCGUACCCUUCUGCACAGGCGACACCCGAAUCUGGACUUCUCCCCCUAUUAGAGCGUGCGACAAAAGCGUUUCUUUCAUCAUCACAUUAUAAAAAUGAUCCUCGCUAUUUACGUCUCUGGUUACACUAUAUCCGGCUUUUCUCGGAUUCGCCGCGUGAAGUCUUUGCCUUCCUCGCACGCCACCAAGUCGGGGAAGGGCUGGCUUUGUUUUAUGAAGAGUUUGCCGCUUGGCUUGAAAGCGCAGGGCGAUGGGCUCAAGCGGAAGAGGUGUAUAUGCUUGGGAUCCAGCGAGAGGCGCGACCGGUGGAACGCCUCGCUCGGAAGUUUGGCGAAUUUCAAAAACGAUACGAGCAGCGAACACAGGAUGCCGGCCCUUCCUCUCCUGCAUUACCGGCCGUCCGUCCGGCUCUGGCAGCGAAGAUCGAUCCAUUUGCUUCAUCGGCAAGUUCGUCUACCAAUCCGCAAGCUUCACAAGCGGCUCCUGCGGCCAGCUCCUCUCAAAAGACUAGGUCUGGGAAACCGAAGAUGGCAAUAUUCUCAGAUGCAGAUGCAGCAUCACCUGGUCAGCCCGCUAUUGCUGACCAGAAAAAGGGGUGGGAUAGUAUUGGGUCGCUUUCGGAACGCAGAAAAGAGAAUAGGAUAGAGGCAAAGCCUUGGGUUGGGGAAACUUUGAAGGUCGCGAAGAAGGCUGGGCCUUCUGAGAAACUGACGAUUUUCAGAGAUCAGGACUAAUUGCUGGCAUAAACCCUGUUCCUUUUGGGCUUACGAAUUUCGUGUAUUCAGUCAAAUGAAAAUUUACAAUCAAAUGAAGCCUUA